AUGGGAGAUGUUCAUGGGCAGAUCAUUGUAGUUCAGAUGUCCUUGACAGUGUCAUCAACAAAACUGAUUGAAUGUUCAACCAAGUAUUUUUCUCCAGAGUCUGUGAGGCUUGUGGAUGGAGCUGGUCUCUGCUCUGGGAGAGUGGAGGUGAAGUCCAAUCAGUCCUGGGCCUCAGUGUGUGAAGCUGACUUUGACCGGCAGGAUGCAGAGGUAGUCUGUGGGGAGCUUGGCUGUGGGGCUCCUGCAGCUCUACAGGGGGGGCUCUAUGGAGAAGGUGGGGGUCAGACCUGGGAUAAAGAGUUCCAGUGUAAAGGCAAAGAGUCCCUUCUCCUGGACUGUGACACCUCAGACAGAGAAAACAACACCUGUCUACCUGGUAAUGCUGUUGGACUCACCUGCUCAGAGCAUGAUGAUGUGAGGCUGGUGGGAGGAGGCAGUCGCUGUGCUGGUGGAGUGGAGCGGUACCACCAGGGAGAGUGGAGGAUUGUGGGAACUGAUGACUGGGACCAGGAGGAUGUAGCUGCAGUAGUGUGUAGACAGCUGGGUUGUGGCUCCACUAUUUCAGUUCUACCUGGAAAUACCACUAGAGGGUUUAGAGUUGACUGUUCUGGAUCUGAGUCUGUACUGAGGGAGUGUAGAAGAAGAUAUGAUCUCUAUUCUGGACUCUCAGUGAUCUGCUCAGAUCUCCUGGUCCAGCCUGAUAUCUCCCUGACUGACUCAAUGGGAGGGGUCUCCAGGGGCCACCAGGGGUCCGAGGUGUUCAGGGGCUACAGCUUCACCAUCACCUGCUCCACUCAGCCACAGUACCCAGGAGGCUCCUUCCUCCUCACGUUCACCGGCUCCAACAGAACCCAGACCCAGCCAGCUGUCAAUCACUCUGCUGCCUUCCUCUUCCCUGCUGCAGAUGACUCCCACCAAGGGAACUACAGAUGUGUUUAUGACAAUCAUGUUUUCUCUCAUGACUUCUCCUCUGAGAGUGAGCUCCUCUCCCUCACCAUCACAGCCUCUCCUCUGCCAGCCUUCAUCAUCAGACACGUUGUAGUGCUGCUGAUCCUACUGACAGCCAUCACCACCUUAUACCUGUACUACAAGCCCACCAGGAGGCAGAAGAGAGUGAACAGGGUGAGCAGCAUGGAUCUUUAUGUCAAUGCCAUGGAGAUGGUCUCUCUGAGCUCCAGAGCUGAAGCUGGACCGGGAGAGGAGAGAGCAGCCCAGGGGACGGAGUAGGAGUAGAAUGAAGCUGACCCUACAUGCUGAUCUUAGGUCAGUUUUGUGUUUUAAAUGGAUGGUCAGCAGUGGACUGGUGUUUAAAAUGUGGAGACAAACCUGAAGUGGUUGUAAUUUUAAUAACAAGUUCAGAAUUAGUUUCUCUUUCUAGAACCUUGGAAGAAAUCUAAAAGGAGUGACUGCAACCACCAUUAUUCCUUUUAGUUUGGUUUUACCACCAGAGAAACAUGGGGUUUUGGGUAACAUGGGGUUUUGGGUAACAUGGGGUUUUGGGUAACAUGGGGUUUUGGGUAACAUGGGGUUUUGGGUAACAUGGGGUUUUGUGGGUAACAUGGGGUUUUGUGGGUAACAUGGGGUUUUGAUUAGUUUAAGAGAGUAGCUUAAUUACGUCUGUUUUGUGUUCCAGAAUGUAUUACUUUUAACUUUUGUCUUCAUGUCUAUCUAUUUAUCUUAGAUUCUUCAUCUUAUUUAGUGUCUUAGAUUCUUUAUCUUAUUUAGUGUCUCUUAGAUUCUUUAUCUUAUUUAGUGUCUCUUAGAUUCUUUAUCUUAUUUAGUGUCUCUUAGAUUCUUUAUCUUAUUUAGUGUCUCUUAGAUUCUUUAUCUUAUUUAGUGUCUCUUAGAUUCUUUAUCUUAUUUAGUGUCUCUUAGAUUCUUUAUCUUGAAGUGUUUCCAUUAUUAGUCCAUGUAUUAUUAUAAUCAUCUGGUCAUUCUUUGUAUUUAAAAAAAAAAUUAAUAAAGGGGUUUGUUGUUGUUUACCUCUCAUGAUGUUAUUAAUUAUAAAUGUUAUGAUAUUGAUUAUGAUGUAGAUUAUUGUUAUGAUGUUGUUAGUAUUAUAUAGAUAAUGAUGUUAUUGAUUAUGAAGUAGAUUAUUGUUAUGAUGUUUCUCUCUAAACUGCCAUGUAAUCAACUGAAUGCUUUUAAUAAAAUGACAGGCUGUCA